UUUUGACUUUCUGAUAUGCAUGCUGAUACGGGUGUCUUUAUAUACACAUCAUAUAUUUUUGCAACUUUAAUUUCGCAGGUAAACAUGUCUCGAUAUAUAUUUUUUUUCUUGUCAGCUCUGUUGACUUUAACAUAUGUAGAGAGCUUUGGCUGCGAAAAACAUGAGCACUGCAGUAUUUGUGGACAUUAUAAGGAAUCGCAGUGCUACGACUUUGUUAAAGCGCCUAAUUUCAUACAAUGCAUCAGUGGAUUGCGUCCAGGUUGUCGGUGCGACAAAGACUUCGUAAGGAAUCCUCAUUCAAAAAAGUGUGUGAAGAAAUCCGAUUGCUUUGUGUCAAGCUUAAGAGGAUGGCGCGAUAACAUUAUUGACUCUAUCACCGAUAAAAUUAUUUAAAUAUUGUUUUUUAUUAUUUAUAAUUUAUAUUGAUUGUUAAGGAUUUUCACUAAUUAAUUAAUCCUAUGAAACAUUGUGAUUGGCCGGACAAAUUAUAGCCAUUGUGAGCGUGAUACAUUUACGAAUAGAAAUUAUCAUGAUUAAUGCAAUAAAUUAUAUUAUAAUUUUCAA